GCUGGAGCUGGCAGGAAGGCGUGUGGAGCCGCUGGGGCUGGAGCAGAGCGCACAGGCGCGCGGCGGGACGGCGCUGGUCUGAGCUGGACUGUCUGAUGGCUUCCUGGAACCCUCCUCCACAGCGUGCCGUAGGAGAUCAGCUGCUUCCCGGAGCCCCGGGCCCCUCCCCUGAGGCGGACGACGACCCAGGAGAAGCCUUUGAGUUUGACGACAGUGAAGAUGAAGAGGACCCCAGCACGGGCCUGGGCGGCGACACCAGCCUUCCUCCCAAGGAGGACGCUGACCCCCCGCUGAUCCACUUUGACUCCGCCCCCAUCCCUGACCUGGACCCAGCCGCUGGACCGCCCCAGACAGAGGUGCCGGCUGCGUUGAGCAAUGGGGAGGCCGUGGACGCGGCUCUCCCAGGGGCCCGGCGCUCCAGCUGGAAGCGGAAGAGCUCCCGUCGCAUCGAGCGGUUCACAUUCCCCGCCCUGGAAGAAGAUGUGAUCUACGACGACGUCCCCUGCGAGAGCCCAGAUGCCCAUCAGCCCGGGGUGGACAGGGGCCUGCUCUACGAAGACGUGCACCGGGACGGAGUGCCCCGGGAGGCCGAGGACCUAGGCUGGAGCUCCAGUGAGUUUGAGAGCUACAGCGAGGGCUCCGGGGAGGAGGCCAGGCCGGAGGCAGAGCCCACCAAGCACCGCGUGUCCUUCCAGCCCAAGAUGACCCAGCUCAUGAAGGCCGCCAAGAGCGGGACCAAGGAUGGGCUGGAGAAGACGCGAAUGGCCGUCAUGCGCAAAGUCUCCUUCCUGCACCGCAAAGACGUCCUGGGUGACUCGGAGGAGGAAGACAUGGGGCUCCUGGAGGUGGCCGUGACGGACAUCAAGCCCCCGGCCCCGGAGCUGGGCCCCAUGCCUGAUGGCCUGAGCCCUCAGCAGGUCGUCCGCAGGCACAUCUUGGGCUCCAUCGUGCAGAGCGAAGGCAGCUACGUGGACUCCCUGAAGCGGAUACUCCAGGACUACCGCAACCCCCUGAUGGAGAUGGAGCCCAAGGCGCUGAGCGCACGCAAGUGCCAGGCCGUGUUCUUCCGCGUCAAGGAGAUCCUGCACUGCCACUCCAUGUUCCAGAUCGCCCUGUCGUCCCGCGUGGCCGAGUGGGACUCCACCGAGAAGAUCGGUGACCUCUUCGUGGCCUCGUUCUCCAAGUCCAUGGUGCUGGACGUGUACAGCGACUACGUGAACAACUUCACCAACGCCAUGUCCAUCAUCAAGAAGGCCUGUCUCACCAAGCCCGCCUUCCUUGACUUCCUCAAGCGGCGGCAGGUGUGCAGCCCGGACCGGGUCACCCUCUACGGGCUCAUGGUGAAGCCCAUCCAGAGGUUCCCGCAGUUCAUCCUCCUGCUGCAGGACAUGCUGAAGAACACCCCCAGGGGCCACCCCGACCGGCUCUCGCUGCAGCUGGCCCUCACCGAGCUGGAGACGCUGGCUGAGAAGCUGAACGAGCAGAAGCGGCUGGCCGACCAGGUGGCCGAGAUCCAGCAGCUGACCAAGAGCGUGAGCGACCGCAGCAGCCUCAGCAAGCUGUUGACCUCAGGCCAGCGGCAGCUGCUCCUGUGCGAGACGCUGACGGAGACGGUGUACGGGGACCGCGGGCAGCUGAUCAAGUCCAAGGAGCGCAGGGUCUUCCUGCUCAAUGACAUGCUGGUCUGUGCCAACAUCAACUUCAAGGGCCAGCUGGAGAUCAGCAGCCUGGUGCCCCUGGGCCCCAAGUACGUGGUGAAGUGGAACACGGCGCUGCCCCAGGUGCAGGUGGUGGAGGUGGGCCAGGAGGGCGGCGCCUACGACAAGGACAACGUCCUCAUCCAGCACGCCGGUGCCAAGAAGGCGCCCGCCGCGGGGCAGGCCCAGAACAAGGUGUACCUCGGCCCCCCACGCCUCUUCCAGGAGCUGCAGGACCUGCAGAAGGACCUGGCCGUGGUGGAGCAAAUCACCCUGCUCGUCAGCACGCUGCACGGCACCUACCAGAACCUGAACAUGACCGUGGCUCAAGACUGGUGCCUGGCCCUGCAGAGGCUGCUGCGGGUGAAGGAGGAGGAGAUCCACUCGGCCAACAAGUGCCGCCUCCGGCUGCUGCUCCCGGGGAAGCCGGACAAGUCCGGCCGCCCCAUCAGCUUCAUGGUGGUCUUCAUCACCCCCAACCCCCUGAGCAAGAUCUCCUGGGUUAACAGGCUGCACCUGGCCAAGAUCGGGCUCCGGGAGGAGAACCAGCCGGGCUGGCUGUGUCCGGACGAGGACAAGAAGAGCAAAGCCCCGUUCUGGUGCCCGAUCCUGGCCUGCUGCGUCCCCGCCUUCUCCUCCCGGGCCCUGAGCCUGCAGCUCGGGGCCCUGGUCCACAGUCCCGUCAGCUGUCCCCUGCUCGGCUUCUCCGCGGUCAGCACCUCCCUUCCACAGGGCUACCUCUGGGUCGGAGGAGGGCAGGAGGGCGCCGGCGGGCAGGUGGAGAUCUUCUCCCUGAACCGGCCCUCGCCGCGCACCGUGAAGUCCUUCCCGCUGGCGGCGCCCGUGCUCUGCAUGGAGUACAUUCCCGAGCCGGAGGAGGAGGAGGAGAGCGGGGAUGAGGGGGCGCCGGCGGCCGACCCCUCGGCUGCAGUGCGUCCCACCAUCUGCCUCGGGCUGCAGGACGGCAGCAUCCUGCUCUACGGCAGCGUGGACACCGGCACCCAGUGCCUGGCGACCUGCAAGAGCCCCGGCCUGCAGCCCGUGCUCUGCCUGCGCCACAGCCCCUGCCACCUGCUCGCUGGCCUGCAGGACGGGACCCUGGCCGCCUACCCUCGGAGCAGCGGAGGCGCCCUGUGGGACCUGGAGAGCCCUCCCACGUGCCUGACCGUGGGCCCUGGGCCCAUCCGCACCUUGCUGAGCCUGGGGGACGCUGUGUGGGCCAGCUGUGGGGCCCGGGUCACCGUCCUGGACGCUAGCAGCCUGCAGACCCAGCAAAGCUUCGAGGCGCACCAGGACGAGGCGGUGAGCGUGACACACAUGGUGAGAGCGGGCAGCGGCGUCUGGAUGGCCUUCUCCUCCGGCUCCUCCAUCCGCCUCUUCCACACCGAGACGCUGGAGCACCUGCAGGAAAUCAACAUCGCCACCAGGACCACCUUCCUGCUGCCAGCUAAAUUAUCUCACGAUAAUGGAACAACAGGAAAAUGGAUAAUCUCGUGGGCCUUUUGAAGCUUCGCAGUCUCAUCUCGGGAGGGCAGAGGAGAGAGAGAAAGGGCUGAGCGUCUGCAGUGAUUGGGGCCGGAUCUGCGGGCAGCUCGGCCCCCGGCGCCGCCCCCUCGCUGUGGCUUUUCCCUUCUCUGCGGCUGCUCUUGGGCCAGGGAGCGCCUUGGUCACGGUGGCAGCGGCAAUUAUCUCAGAGCCGGGUAAACUGAGGCCGGGAGGCCAUGGGGCGGCCUCCGUGGCCGGUCAGGCCGGACGUGGGCUCUGAUCAGCCUGCGCUGCUGCCCCGUCCCGCGCCUCUCGUCCCCAUCUGUCCAAUCAGUAGCCAGGGACGCUGUCCGAGCGUGAGCACACCUGAGUCCGGCUCUCGCUGCAAUCCCGGCCGUGCUGCCUGCCGUCCAGUGCCUGGCAGGGCGGGCGUCUCACUGUGACCCCCCGAGAGGGCGGUUACCGUCCUCACCUUCAUCUUCGUCAUGCCCCAGGCUACGCCCCAUCACGCCAGCUGCGCCAGCUUGGUGGCGCCACGGGGGCUCCUUGCCCCCUCCGCGGGCCCUGCAGGUCGGCAUCAGCCACAUCGGAGUACACAGCAGGUUCCUGGGUGUGGCCCUUCCUGCAGGCCCCUUGUCUCCCCCGUGCCAUGCCUGGCCUUUCCUCAUCGGGGAAGCUGGGAAGCCCAGGGCCUCGCACACCGGGGGGGGGGGUGCCCCGAGCCCCGAGCCGAGCCGGAGCCGAGGGCAGGAGGCGGCUUCAGACCCUGCUGCUCGCCCUACCCUCACGGGAUCACAGCAAAGCAGGAUUCUCACAUCCUUUAUUGGAGAUAUUUUUAAAAGGCGUCUAAGCAUUUCCCCCCCACGCUGCAAAAUGAAAUAAUUGUAUAAUUAGUAAUAAAUUUGUUCCUCUGCUAAGCGUGGGGGUUUUUUUAGGGCGCGUUAAAAAUUUAUCACGCUGCCUUCCCCCGACCCCUCUCGUCCACUGGAGUCCCCAGCUGGUAUUAAUGUAUUUUUUAACCUAAACUCCCUCCUCCUUUUAACUAGACAGGUCAUUAAUAAAAUGUUCUCCGAGAGCCUGAGCUUUUUAAAGUUGUAUAUCUCCAGAUAGACGGGCGCGCCGCGGCGCGCGCUGCUGCACUAAGUCUGUGAUAAAAUAUUUAUC